UGCAGAUUUCUUACAAACUAAAAAAUAAGACAGAAUUUUAAGUUCUGGCUUGCUGACUUCUAGGAUGGGUAUAAGCUGGUUGUGCACAUCUAAACUGAUUCUUAUGUAGUGCCCUUUGUCUUUUACUUAGCUGAUCUUGUCUAAGCUGGGGAGUUCUGCAGGUUGGAAGAAGCUGUCCCAAAAUAGCAAAACAUGGACUGACUCAGCCACCAUCACUUCGUGUUUUGUACGAGUAAGCAGCAGCCUGCACAGGAAAAUCUGAUACAUUUAGAUUGAAUCUUCUGUCCACGUUAAAAGGAAGUGAGAAAGUCAAAGGAGAAAGCAAGACAAUCAAAGAAGAAAACAGGAAUCAAACAGAAAUUAAUAAAAGAGUUAAGGAAGGAGAAGCAAAAACAAGCAAGAAAGUGGCUGACAAACAUGAACAAGAAAAUACUGGUGGAAAAUUGCUGCCAAUCAGAACUUAGGUCUCUGCCUUUGCAGCUUUUUAGAGCCCCCGGCUGGCAAUGGGCAUGCCUGCCUGACAUCUCUGCCCUGUUGGGCCAGUGGACUGAAAUGAAUCAUCACGAUGCACUAAGGUUGCUUCAUGCCAGAUAUCCUGAUCAGGAAGUGAGGGAUACUGCAAAACAGUGGAUUGAUUCCAUAUCUGAUGCUGAACUUUUAGAGUAUCUCCCUCAGCUUGUACAGGCUCUGAAAUAUGAAUGUUAUCUAGACAGCCCACUGGUCAGAUUCCUUCUAAAACGAGCCAUUUGUGAUUUGAGAAUAACUCACUAUUUCUUCUGGUUGCUGAAAGAUUGCCUGAAAGAUUCUCAAUUUAGCAUCAGGUAUCAAUACCUGCUGGCUGCUCUACUUUGCUGUUGUGGGAAGGGUCUGAGAGAGGAGUUUGAUCAUCAGUGUUGGCUUGUGAAUACUUUGUCUAAACUUGCUCAGAAGGUGCGAGAGGGAGCGCCGUCUUCCAGGCGGGCAAUACUAAGGGAAGGACUGGAGGAAGUCAAACGGUUUUUUAAUGUGAAUGGUUCCUGUCGGCUACCACUGAACCCCAGCCUUCUUGUUAAAGGGAUAGUGCCAGAGGAAUGUUCCCAUUUUAAUUCAAAUGCAGUGCCACUGAAACUCACAUUUCAAAAUGUGGAUACUUUGGGGGGAAAUAUCCAAAUAAUAUUUAAGUGUGGAGAUGACCUUCGUCAGGAUAUGCUAACGCUGCAGAUGAUACGCAUCAUGAAUAAGAUCUGGGUGCAAGAAGGCCUUGAUAUGCAGAUGGUAAUCUUCCGAUGUUUCUCUACAGGACGUGGGAGAGGAAUGGUAGAGAUGAUUCCAUCUGCUGAAACUUUGCGAAAGAUCCAAGCUGAACAUGGAGUCACUGGUUCAUUUAUGGACCGUCCACUUGCUGACUGGCUACAAAAACAUAAUCCAACAGUGAACGAGUAUGAAAAGGCAGUUGUGAAUUUUAUCUACUCAUGUGCUGGAUGCUGUGUAGCAACAUAUGUACUGGGUAUCUGUGAUCGGCAUAAUGACAACAUCAUGCUGAAGACAAGUGGGCAUAUGUUUCAUAUUGACUUUGGCCGCUUUCUUGGACAUGCGCAGAUGUUUGGCAACAUUAAGCGUGAUCGUGCUCCUUUUGUCUUCACAUCUGACAUGGCAUAUGUCAUCAAUGGAGGAGAUAAACCAUCCAGUCGCUUCCAGGACUUUGUUGAUUUAUGUUGUCAGGCCUAUAAUCUUAUCCGCAAGCACACUCAUCUGUUUCUUAAUUUGCUGGGACUGAUGCUGUCUUGUGGGAUUCCAGAACUUUCAGAUCUACGGGAUUUAAAAUAUGUAUAUGAUGCACUGCGUCCUCAAGAUUCAGAGUCUGAUGCCGCUACCUACUUUACAAGGCUCAUAGAAUCCAGUCUUGGGUCAGUAGCAACUAAGCUAAACUUUUUUAUUCAUAACCUGGCACAGCUGAAGUUUAGCUGCACAGAUGAACACCUGUCACUUUCCUUCUGUCCACGGAUAUAUACAUUGAAGUUAGAUGGAAGGAUAAGUAAUGUUUUACUGACCAAAUGCAAGAAGAUAUUCACCCCUAAGAAAGGAUACAUAUUUAUCAUUAAAGUGGUAAGAGAAUGCCCCCAAGAGUCCACUCUCAUCCAAAGAUCAUUUGAAGAGUUCCGGGAGCUACAUAACAAACUAAGACUUCUCUUCCCUUCAUCACAACUCCCUAGAUGGCUAUGGAACAUUUUGUGAAGAAAAGCAAUAUAAAAUAAAGUCUCAUUUCAUUCUUCUCCAUAAUGGGAAGUUUAUAAAAACAAGUCCAGAUGUAUUUUAUGCUACAGUUCAUGAUGUAUUGCAGGGAGUGAAAUUUAUUAACACCCCCCCAUGAAUACCUGAGUGGGGGCAAUGCUGAAUUUCUGGUUUAGGAGACAUUUUACAUUUUAAAUGUAACAUCUUUGUGACAUCACUUAACUGACCUUUAAAAGUACCAAAAAUCCUUUAAGGUUCAUUGUGAUAAUAUAAGGUCUCCUCAGUACAAUAGUGCCCCAUUUUUAUUAGCAAAAACACAUUAGCAAGCACAGGGAGCAUACCAACUAUCAACCCAAACUGUCCCAUUGCGUUGUAUUAGAAUUCAUUUAAAAACACUCACUGCAACAACAGGAUUCUAGCAUAGGGAAGAUUGGAUAGUAAUAUUGUAGAUAUAUAUUUAAUGUAUCUCAAAAGCAGAAUAUAUAGUGUUCACCUUAUAGUGACCAUAGUGACCAAUGCAAGUAUUUCCCAUGUUUUCCCCCAUUUAGAAUGUAUACACAUGAGCCACUCAGGAUAAGCUGCAUUUGCCACCAUUAACAAGGACUGUCUGGCUGACUAUAGGUCGGGGGUAUGCCAUUUCUCUGGGGAAAAUAAAGUAAGAGUAAGAAAAUGCAGGAGACCCCUCCCCACCAGGUAUAAGCCGAGGGUUACUUUUUGAGCACAUUUUUAGUGCUGAAAAACUCUGCUUAUACUCGAGUAUAUACGGUAAAUAGAAAUGUAACUAGAUGUAUAAAUAUUAGGAAUGUUGUAUAUAGCCAUGGCAUGAAGUUAUUAACAAACUUAUACACAGGGGUUGAUUUAUUAGCACACACAAUUGCACAAAUGUAGUUACCUAUAACAAGCAAAGCAAUAGAUUUAUGUGCUUACAGCAGACUGAUCAAAAGUAAUUGCUAUCUGCAGUGGUGUAAUUGUGCAUAUAUGUAAGUAAAUCAUCCCUAUAAUGUUAAACACCAUCAGGCCAGGUAUUUAUAAAUGGGUCUUUAUAAAUGUCUUUGUAAUCCACUAAUUUGCAAUAACAGAUUAUCAACCCACUACAGGUAUAGGAUCCAUUAUCUGGAAACGCAUUAUCCAGAAAGUUCCAAAUUACAGGAAGGCUAUCUCCUAUA